AAGCGCUCGCGGGGCGCCAGGACGGAGCUCGCCGCCCGCCCGCCCUGUCCUGUGGCCACUCUGUCGCCCCAGCUCCUAGCGUCCGCGACAGCGUCAGCCUCGCCGCGUCCCCAGCAGCCAUGCGGGAGAUCGUGCACCUGCAGGCCGGCCAGUGCGGCAACCAGAUCGGGGCCAAGUUUUGGGAGGUGAUCAGCGACGAACAUGGCAUCGACCCCACUGGCACGUACCACGGGGACAGCGACCUGCAACUGGAGAGGAUCAAUGUCUACUACAACGAGGCCACCGGAGGGAAUUACGUCCCCCGCGCGGUCCUGGUGGACCUGGAGCCCGGCACCAUGGACUCCGUCCGCUCAGGCCCCUUCGGCCAGAUCUUCCGGCCUGACAACUUUGUGUUUGGCCAGUCGGGAGCUGGCAACAACUGGGCAAAGGGCCACUACACAGAGGGCGCAGAGCUGGUGGAUGCUGUCCUGGACGUGGUGCGGAAGGAGGCCGAGAGCUGCGACUGUCUGCAGGGCUUCCAGCUCACGCAUUCGCUGGGGGGCGGCACGGGCUCGGGCAUGGGCACCCUGCUCAUCAGCAAGAUCCGCGAGGAGUUCCCCGACCGCAUCAUGAACACCUUCAGCGUGGUGCCCUCACCCAAGGUGUCGGACACCGUGGUGGAGCCCUACAACGCCACCCUGUCCGUGCACCAGCUGGUGGAGAACACGGAUGAGACCUACUGCAUCGACAACGAGGCGCUGUAUGACAUCUGCUUCCGCACCCUCAAGCUGACCACCCCCACCUACGGGGACCUCAACCACCUGGUGUCGGCCACCAUGAGCGGCGUCACCACCUGCCUGCGCUUCCCAGGCCAGCUGAACGCAGACCUGCGCAAGUUGGCCGUGAACAUGGUGCCCUUCCCGCGCCUGCACUUCUUCAUGCCGGGCUUCGCGCCCCUCACCAGCCGGGGCAGCCAGCAGUACCGCGCCCUGACAGUGCCCGAGCUCACCCAGCAGAUGUUCGACGCCAAGAACAUGAUGGCCGCCUGCGACCCGCGCCAUGGCCGCUACCUGACCGUGGCCGCCGUGUUCCGGGGCCGCAUGUCCAUGAAGGAGGUGGACGAGCAGAUGCUGAGUGUGCAGAGCAAGAACAGCAGCUACUUCGUGGAGUGGAUCCCCAACAACGUGAAGACGGCCGUGUGCGACAUCCCGCCCCGCGGCCUGAAGAUGGCUGCGACCUUCAUCGGCAACAGCACAGCCAUCCAGGAGCUGUUCAAGCGCAUCUCGGAGCAGUUCACGGCCAUGUUCCGGCGCAAGGCCUUCCUGCACUGGUACACGGGCGAGGGCAUGGACGAGAUGGAGUUCACCGAGGCCGAGAGCAACAUGAACGACCUGGUGUCCGAGUACCAGCAGUACCAGGAUGCCACGGCCGAGGAGGGUGAAUUCGAGGAGGAGGCGGAGGAGGAGGAGGUCGCCUAGGAACUCACACGCCUUCUUGUCUGGACCCCACCCUCGGCUCGGCUUUGACCCCUAGAUGCUUCCCUGCGCCCAGAGCCCUAUGAUGUCCCCUUCCCGCCUGAUGCUGCUCUGACCCUAGCACCCCAAGAGCAUCACUUCACCCUAACACCACCCGUACCUUAGAUCACUGCAUUCCUGACCCACUCGUGACCCCUGAACCCCACUUUAUCUCUGCCCUCCUGGAGCUCUUCCAACUUUGGCAUCCCCGUGAGCCCUGCUUCAUGGCUCUACAGGCCCCACCUUUAACCUUAUAAGCCCUCUUUCACCCACCCCUGACCCCUUCACUUUUGGUUUUUUCUUUGUUUUUUUUGGGGGGGGGCGGGUACUGGGGAUUGAACUCGGGUCCUUGUGCUUUCGAGGCAGGCGCCAGAACCACAGAGCUAAAUCCCCGGCCCCAGACCCCUUCACUUUUGAUCACCCCAAAACUCCGUUACACCUUUAGACCUGCAAGCCCUGGAUGACUUCUGACACCUGUCUCGGAGCUCCCUGCACCUCUCACCUUGUCUUGGCUUUGACCUCAUGAGCCCCAGCUCCCCCUAGUCCCCCUGCCCUCUGCUUCUUUCCUGACCUCAGUCCCGCCCCCUCAGUGCCUCUACUUUGGCUGACCUAGGGGAGAUCAAAGGCCCAAAGCCCUGGGGAAGAGGGGUGCCCACCAUGAGCCCACCAUCCUCUCCCCUGCCUCACCCUCCAUAAAUAAAGGAAUUGUUUCCCUGGCC